AUGACAUCCGUCGUCUCUAGAAACAAAUAUCACGAUACCAAUAUCGCAGCUCAAAACGCUGCUAAAGCAGCCAUGUCAAGGAAAAUCAAUAAUGAGAACAUAAAUCCAAAAAUAAAUAACAAUAUAUUAUCCAGUAAAAAAUCGACUCAACAUUUAGAACGAGUAGUUCAAUCAGUCAACGAUGCCACGAAAAGAUUAUCACAACAGGACUCUCAAUUCACAACUAAUACAAAUACAAAAUCAUCUAAAAGAAAAUCAAGAGAUACAGUGGGCCCAUGGAAACUAGGUAAAACACUGGGUAAAGGUUCGUCAGGAAGAGUUCGCUUGGCUAAAAAUGUGGAAACUGGUCAAUUAGCUGCCAUUAAGAUUGUACCAAAGAGAAAUAAAUUCGUUAUGAAAAAUUCAAAUUCAAACAUCUCUUUCAUGUCUGCAACUUCUUCUGCUUCUAAUUCUGCAUCCUUGGUGUCUAAUAUUGGAUUGAAAGAUAAAAAUAGUAACACUAAUAAUAAUGAUACUAAUAACAACUACAAUAACAACAACAACAAUAACAAUAAUAGUAAUAAUAAUAAUAAUAUUCAAAAUAAUACCUAUGGGAUCGAAAGGGAAAUUGUAAUCAUGAAACUCAUCUCUCAUCCAAAUGUAAUGGGGCUUUAUGAAGUGUGGGAGAAUAAAUCUGAAUUAUAUUUGAUUUUAGAAUACGUAGACGGUGGUGAAUUAUUCGAUUAUUUAGUCUCUAGGGGUAAAUUACCGGAAGCUGAAGCAAUUCAUUAUUUCAAACAAAUUAUACAAGGUGUUUCAUAUUGUCAUUCUUUUAACAUUUGCCAUCGUGAUUUAAAACCAGAAAAUUUAUUGAUAGAUAAGAAAAAGAAAUCCAUUAAAAUCGCUGAUUUCGGAAUGGCUGCUUUGGAAUUACCUAAGAAAUUAUUGCAAACAUCAUGUGGUUCCCCACAUUAUGCAUCACCAGAAAUUGUUAUGGGUAAAUCGUAUCAUGGUGGUCCAAGCGAUGUUUGGUCAUGUGGGAUUAUUUUAUUUGCACUUCUAACAGGCCAUCUACCAUUCAAUGAUGAUAAUAUUAAAAAAUUAUUAUUGAAAGUUCAAGCUGGGAAAUAUCAAAUGCCUAAAAAUUUAAGUGAUGAAGCUAAAGAUCUUAUUUCCAGAAUUCUAGUUGUUAGUCCUUCCAAAAGAUUGACUACUGUUGAAAUAUUAAACCAUCCUUUAAUCUUAAAAUAUGAAAAAUCAUCCAAAAAGAAGCAUAUGGUCAAGGGUAAAUCUAACUCAGACCUUCAUUUGCUAGAUUCAAUAUCACCGGAAAACAUCACUCUAAAUUCAAGAAUGGAUAUAGAUGAAUCAAUAUUGAAAAAUUUACAGAUAUUAUGGCAUGGUACAUCUCGUGAUAUAAUCAUCGCAAAGUUAUUACAGAAACCAAUAUCUGAGGAAAAAUUAUUUUACUCUCUUUUGUUACAAUAUAAACAACGUCAUUCAGCUAAACCAGUGGUUAAACCAGCCGAACGGGAAUCAUUACCAACAGCUACAAUUAUAUCAUCACUUUCGCAUACUCCAAUGAAACAAAAGAAUCUUCCCUCUGUAGCACCAAACGUAAAAAGCAAUCAAAAAGAAGAAUCCAACGUCGAAGAUAGCUAUACAGUAGAAGAUGUAGAAGGAAAUGCUCCUAUGGUAACUCAGAAAUCACAAUUCAGCCUACAUCCUUUCAAAAACGAAGUGCCUUCAAUGGUGCCGGCAAUACCUAUUUUUACAGCAUCCAAUUCACGUAGUUUCAAGCUAAGUCCGUCAAUGGCAUCUUUUAAGUCAAGAGUACCAUCAACAUGCUCAUCGUCCAAUCUCCUAUUGAUUAAGUCACCAUCCAAAAGGGCGUUAAAUACUUCUACCCCACUUGCGAGCCCGAAAAGAACUCUACAACCAAGUGUAUCAAUCAAAUCAUUACGUACCUCUUCAUCAAAGAAAUCACUGUAUGUAAAGAAAGUUAGAAGAACGUUACAAAACUCUGAAUCUAAGAGAUCAUUAUAUUCAUUACAAUCAAUCUCUAAACGUUCUAUUAAUCUAAAGGAGUUCAUCGCUGAAGAUAUUGCGCUGCCUACGAAUACAAAUAUUCCUGUCUCAUCAUCUAACCGCUCUCUAGAAUCAAAUAAUAAUGAUUUUGAAAUAUUAUGUGAGCAAAUAUUAUUUGGUAAUGCUUUGAAUAAAAUUAUGGAAGAAGAAGAAGAAGAAGAAGGAAAAAGAAGAAAAAGAUUUGGAACAGGGGCACUGUCAAACAUAGAACAAGUUACAUAUAGUGAACAAAAUAUAAGAGAAGAAAAUGCUCAAGACAAUGAUACAAUCACUAAUUUUGGUUCUAUUAACGAAACAAUAACAUCGUCAAUAGGUACACAUAUCGCUAAAAGUUCCGAUAUCGAUGGUCUUUCUCCAGGUAUGAAACCCGCAUUCCCUUUUCACAAUAAUUCAACCCAAGUAAAAAAUAAUACAGUUAGUGAGAAUAAUAAAUCUGAUAGAUUAGUACUUAAAAAUAUUACAAACACCUACGGUCCAAACGAGCAUGAAAAAUCAACCGAAAUGCAUUCGAAAAAUAAACCAGUGUCUGCUUUACCCAGCAUUGAGAAAAAUGGCCAUCAAAUGUCAAACUACAACCCUCUACGCAUGACUUCAGAACCAAACGCUCCUGCUGUACCACAUUCCUUAGAUCCUCGCCGUAAUUUCUCUCAACCUAGUAGAGAACAAAACUCAAAUAUCUUUGCAUCGUUAUUGAAGAAUACCAAAAGAAAGCCAUCGCUGCCGAAUAACUUCCAGAAGAACGUAAGAAAACAAGAUGAUUGGAAAACUGGCAGAGAAUCAAUAUUUGUUGUAGAUCCCCAAAUUGGUAUUGCCAAUUCUCAACAUUUAUCUAAGACAAGUACUAGGAAUUCAAAAGAUGUCGACACUACCGCUCCAAGUAUACUAGCUCAAUCCAGCAUAAUUCAAAAACCACUAUUAUCCCUACCUUCUGGUUUGCUAAAUCAAUCCAUGACUUUCAAAAAUCUCAAUGACUUCUUGUCAGAUGACUCUAAUAAUCCAGAUCUUCUAUACAAUUCGAGAAGGUCGAGUCAACUUCUCCAAUCAACUCCGAUCCAUCAUAAUCAAAUGGGUAGCGUUAUCCAUCGUGAUCCGACAAGUCAAAAGCUACAUACUGUUAUUAUGGAAAAAGAAGAGGGCCCUUCCUUUGUCCCAACACCUCAUAACUUAGACAUCGAAACAGCCUCCGCCGACAUGAAUGAAUUUUCUGACUUGUCUUAUGCCAUGGAAAUCCCAACGAAUACAUUCACAGCACAAGCAGUUAAGAUAACUAAUAAUACAGACAUUAACCAAUACGGUUUUGGAAGUGAUAUGAAGUCUACAAGGAUACAUACACCAAUAGCGAAUCAUUCAGGAGUCAAUAUUUUUGAAGACCCAAUCAUUGAAACAAGCUCAUCUGAGACAUCCUCAUCAGAAACUGAUUCACAAGAUAAUCCUUACAAGAAAGUGGUUUCCAUUGAUACAGUCAAUACGGCUCAUAUCGUCACGUCGCCAAGAGCUAAUGUUAGAAUCAGUUUAUAUGCAAAUAAUAAUAUUAAUCAAUCUUUCCCAAGAGAAACCACUGAACAAAUAAUAUCAAAAUUUAAAUUGACUCCAGAGAAAACGAAAACCGAUAAUUUGCUAGACAAGAGAUUUUCAGAUUUAUUGACAAGAGAAGAGAAAGAUGAUAUCUCUGGGAGCGUUUUGUCUAUGUUCAAAGAUCUUGAUGAAGGUGAUGAAGAUGUUCAAAGAGAAAAGCAAAGUGAUAUAUUAAGGCUGAACAAGAAGAAUAAUUUAAAGAAUGAGUCAGCAGAAAAAAAUAGAAUUACAAUGUUAUUUGAUGACGAGGAGAGGAGAGAAGAAGGUGCGGAAAUAUACAAAGAAAUGGGAUCUAUGGACCAUAAUGAGCCUGAAGUUACAAAGCCUAGUGAUAGAAAUACCACAAAGCACGUAUCUGUAGUUCCAGAUGUUGCUGUUCAAAUGGAAGAUGUUAUGGACAAUGAGCAUAUAAUCAACGAUUCGAAUAAAACUAUUGAAGACAAAAGACCAAAGAAAAAAUCAGUUGUUAAACCUCAAACCGAUUUUGUAAAAAAGACUGAACCAGUCCCAAUAGCACAUAAACAGAGCUGGUUUUCCAAGUUAUUUGGUGGAUUCAAAACCAAUACGAGCAAGUCAAAAUUAACCGAGCAUCAUGUAACGAACAUUCCGUUUGAUGAUGUUCAUAUGUUAUCUCUAGGUGAGUUCGGAAAGAAAGGUAUUGAUUUCCAACUAAAGGAAUUAGAUAGAAAAGGUAAUAAAGAACGAGUAGAAUAUGACUGUCGAUUCUCAAAAGGUAAUUUUAAAUUCAAACUCAGUAUUGGGACCAUUAAUAACAAAUCUACUGUAAUAACGAUUAAGAAGAAAGGUAAGAACUACAGUCCAGAAUCAGAAGCUACUUUUAUUAAUUUUAACAGAGAUGUCAAUGCAUUACUCAAAUCGAUGGAAAAGAAGAACCAAUCAUCUUAA